UAAAUAUCGUAGAAUUGUAGUAGCGAAUUCUGUACAGAGAUGGGUUGACUGCCUGGCUCAAUUUGCUGACGCCACGUACCGCAAGCGGCGGAGAGCGCUCACUUCUCAUCUGUCGUUGACAAUGAAGGCACCAAAGCAAGGAAUCAGUCCAUGGAAAGGAUGGGCCUUCGUCUACGCUGUUGUGCUCUUCACCUUUUCCAUCUAUCGUUUUACAGCUCUGAGCUCUCUAAUCAAGAUAUACGGAAGUGCUGAAGAGGGUACAGCUAUCGUCGUGUUUGGGAUAUUGGCCCUUGGAUUCUUGGAGGAUUUCGUCUGUGCGACGUAUUUUGCGUCUAUUCUGUGGCUAUUUGACACAUUCCUAAAGCCUCGCGUCCUCAAAUUCUACAGCAAUGCAGUCGUUGCGCGAGCUAGUGUCAAGAUCUUGACAUUUCUGGUGUCAUGGCUACUUUUUGUAGCCAUGAUGAUCCCUUUUGUCGCUGACGUGGUCAUCGUUCGUCUACGGGAGAUGCGCUUCUCGUUCGACCUUGUCACGAUGGUGAUCGAAGAGAAGGACCACGCAAACGCUGUUGCAGUGUCCAAUUCACAGAUCAUUGACGUAAGUCUGAACGUGGUUGCUCUCGUUAUCAUGGCUACAUUUUUUGCCGUUGUACGAACUUGGAUGGUGUGGGCUACUCUCUCAAGUUGGAAUCCAACGCAAUUGAAGUUAUUUAACACUAACAAACACGGACUGCACGAGUAUAAUGCUUUAGACGCAGCUGAUCACCCGAUGGUACAUGAUCUUGAUAGUCCUUGUGUCGAUGCAGAGCCUGAAUCAAUGGAAAACUUGUCGAGGCGUUCAAAAUUUAACGAAGAAAGACGCUCUGGCAACGAUUCCAAGUACGUGGCGUUGGCGAUUAAAGAAGACGCGGAGAUUUUGGAGACUGCAGUGAUGAAGCCGAUGAAAUUUACCGACAAAAGAACAUCCAUUUGCAGCAGAAAAAUGUACAAUUUCGGCCAGUAUUUCAAGACUAUUAGUGCUCUCGUUAGCGGACUGGUAUUAUUUCCCGGUCUUGUGGUUGUGUUGAGUUGUGCGAGCUCACCUCUCGUCGCGUACUCGGCGUUGAAUACGACUCUAAAUGAGUUAUUCAACCAUGUUCUACUGCCCAGUGCAAGUGACAGCAUCACUGGAGGUGCUUGGUUUGAAUCAUUUAUUGACAAAAGUGAAAAACACACAAUGUUUGGGAAUAAUACGUUGUACCGACGCACUACUGGCUUCACUGGAGACCUCGCCUUCGACGUCCAAGUCAACGAGCAAGACCCACCAAAUGUUCUCGUUAUUGUGGUCGAGGCGUUCCGACACCAUGAUUCCCACUAUCUCGUAGGUGACGAGGACCCGUCUAACUUAUUCAAAGGCAGCAACAUCACCAUCACUCCGCAUUUCGACAAAUGGGCCAAGCGUGGCAUCGCACUGCGCAAUUUCUGGUCCAGUUGGCGUACCAGUCGCUCGUUAGAGAGUCUCAUGUUUGGUCAGAUCCCGUUCGAUAGUGCGAUCAAGUCUGGCACCACUAAAGGCCAGCUACAGACCGAAUUGUCUGGCUUACCACAGCUCUUCAAGGCUAAAGGGUACGAGACUUUCUUCACUACUGGCUGCUUGACAAACUAUGAUGGGUGGGAUUUGUUCCUCCCAGCUCAUGGAUUCGAUACAGUUUGGAGUCGAAAUGAGAUGAAAGAACUCGCUGAAAGUACACUCGGUAUUAACCACAGUGAUUGGGAUGGGCCUGAACAUCGAGGACUUAACUGGGGAGUGCACGACGAUUUAAGUUUCCAACUUUUGGGCGAUUUGAUGGUAAAUAAGACAGAAGAACAGAAGAAUCGGGUGUCAAAUGGAGAACCCAAGCAGCCGCUCUUCCUCAACCACUAUACGAUCUCCAGUCACGUUGACUUUAAGCAGCGUCCGAAAUGGUACGACGAAGCCGAGAAACCCGAUUUUUCGGCACUUUAUGAGGGUGAAGAAUACGCCGACAAUAUCAAGAAUUACCUCGAAAUGCGCUACUUUGCUGACUUAGAAAUGGGUAAAUUUCUAGAUCGAAUGGAUAAAGCUGGUAUCUUGAACAAUACUAUCAUCGUUAUCGCGGGAGAUCAUGGUCAGGGGCCAGAAUUUGGCAAUGAUAUUCCGGAAGAUCGAGACGUAUCUGCGACGCGUGUGGCUGGCGCUAUUAUCGCUGAGAACCGACUGGGUGACGCAGCGGGGUUGGUCAUUGACGAUGCAACGGAACAAUACGAUAUUCUAAACACUCUAGCAGAUAUCACUGGAGUGCCUAAAGGUGGUUUUGAGCAAGACGGCGUUGGUCGGUCAUUGAAGCGAAAGAUCGAAUUUGGGGAACGAGUUGUCUACAGCAACAAUCCAACCCGAAAAAUGUCGGUAGUUCGUGGACAUCUGCGUCUUCGCUACGAACGAAUGACCAAGUACGUUUUGCUGCAUGACGCUGACAAAGAUCACGACAUGAAACACGAUUUGUUACCGAAUGUUACAGCAGCAGAACGUGAGGAGUGGAUGAGUUUACGAGACAAAGGACGUCGCAUUAAUUCAUACUAUAGAAAGCGGUGGAGACGAAGAUGCUUGCUCGCUGCAGAAUGCUAACAAAGAGAAAAGAAAACAUUCUUGAGCUGAAAAUACAAUUUUUAGCGUCUUUAAAUAAAUGCAGAUUUUCUACCCCACA